GUGUGUAGCCAGCAAGUGUGUGUUUGUCUGAGUGGUGUGUUUGGCUACAUAAUGACUAAUAUUGUUAUCACUAAUGGUGUUACUUUUGGCCUUGAGACUGGUGCUACCGUGGUUGGAGAUGAUAUGUCUGGUCCUGCUAUAAAGAAUUAUCUAGGAGCCAGAAAAACCACCAUGCUGGGCAACAAUUUUGAGGAGUACCAUGUGGACGGGCCGCCCAGGACUGAGACUGUCCUGGACAAACUGGAGAACAUUUCCAUCAGCGUGGUGAGCGUGACCGGCGUGGACCAGACACUUAUAUGGUCUGUGCACAAGGACAACACCAUGUGGGCCGAACAGCCAUCCCGUGUUAUUUGAAGAAUGUACACAAGACCAUUAAAUCCUUAUCUCCGAUUGUGUUACUGUUUUCAUGUGCUAGCUCACAAACCAUAAGCACAAGCUUUGAUCGAGUGAACUGUUGUGUGCAUUUCACUGUUAACUGAAUUAUGUAGGUGUCAUUGUACAUUAUUAAACCUUAAACUCAUUACAUAGUGUUUGUAUUAGUUUUUUAACUGUCAUUGAUGUCUCUGUGAAUGUAUGAAUUGGUUAUGUGCAUAGUCAGAAAAUUGAUAUGUUGU